AUGCAGCGUCGUACAAGUCGCAGUCAAGAACCAGGCUACGAGAUAGCUGCAGCGCCUAAACCCACUGAAACAACGCUGCAGAACAAAGGAUCGACGCCAAUUCUCCACAAUGCGGCGGCCUCUCCUGAAGCAGAUCCGGAGGAAAACAACGACGAUAAGAAAUAUCUGACGGGUUGGAAGCUUCAUUCUUUGAGCGCAGCGCUCUGGAUCAGUCUCUUCUUAUCAACGCUCGAGACCACCAUCGUCAGCACAUCCUUGGUAUCCAUCACAAAUGCCCUCAAUGGAUUCAUUCUUCGCGAUUGGAUCGCCACAUCAUAUUUGUUGACAUACACUGGUUUCUUGACUAUCUACGCCAAGCUUAGCGAUGUUUUCGGGAAGAAGACAAUGCUUUUGCUUGCGCUACUCAUUUUCACUUUGUUUUCUGGUCUUUGUGGUGCCGCAAACAAUGUCGUUGACCUCAUCAUUCUUCGAGCGUUCCAAGGCAUUGGCGCAUCCGGUAUCUACGCCAUGAUCCUAGCGAUCGCUCCAAGCUUGGUACCUAUCAGCAAAUACGCAAAGUACAUGGGCGUCAUGUCAACAGUCUUCAUCACCGCAAGCGUUCUAGGUCCUAUCCUUGGUGGUGUCAUCAGCCAGCACUCAACCUGGCGCUGGGUCUUUCUUCUCAAUCUUCCUGGGGGAGCCAUCGCCUUUUUCAUGGUUUGCCUCUUUCUGCCGGCUUUCGAAGAGUCAUCUAAUCCCUCACUUCUGAAAGUACUGCGGGCAAAGGUCCGACGCUCGAACUGGGUCCGCAUCGAUGUCCUCGGUAUAAUUCUUCUCCUUGCAGCCUCUGUUCUCCUCGUGUUCGCACUUGAGGAGGGAGGUACUCGAUACUCAUGGAGCAAUGCGAUUGUGAUAGCCACAUUGGUUCUGGCAGUUGUGCUCUUCAUCGCCUUUGGGGUCUGGGAAGUCUACGUUGAAAAGUCACCAGGCAAGCAAGAGCCCGUGUUUCCGCCGAGUAUUUGCAAGGAUAGGAUCUCAAGCGCCAUGCUACUAACUACCUGCUUCGUUGGCUUCCCUUUCGUCUCGAUGGUCGUCAACAUUCCGCAAAGAGCGCAAGCAGUUUACGGAAUGUCACCGUCUCGCGCUGGCAUCAUCCUGCUACCUAUGAUGCUGACUUCUCCUGCCGCAACUGUCCUCUCGGGUUACUUGACUGGAAACGCCAAAGUGCCGCCCGCAUAUCUGAUAAUCAUCGCCGCGGUGCUACAAGUUUUAGGCGUUGGCUUGACAUGCUCACUGUCUACAGAUGCAACUCACAUGCCAGAUGCUCAGUACGGAUAUGAGGUGCUGAUGGGAGUGGGGUUCGGUAUGAGUCUGGCUACCGUCUUAACCUUUGCUAGGGUGGUGGUUUCUGAAGCAAAUCUGCCUGUUAUGAUGGGUGCACUGACACAGAUCCGUGUACUUGGUGGCACAGUCUCACUCGCAAUUUGCGCUACGCUUCUCAACAAUCAUCUCAAACCGAAGCUGAGCGAUCUUGUCUCUUCGGAGCAGGCAGCGGCUAUCCUUGACUCCGUGUCCGCAAUAAAUGAUCUAGAACGGUCCCAGCAGCUGGCUGUGAGAAAAGUAUUUGCCAAGGGCUAUAAUCUGCAGAAUAUCUUUAUGACAGCCAUGUCUGCUGCCGGUUUGAUCGCUUCUUUAUUCUUGUUGGAGAGUCAUCCACGUAUCGCAAAGUAG